UAAAUCCGGCAGACCAUGCCACACGAGCGUUGCCCGCUGAGCAGCUCUCCAGCUCCACCUGGCUCAGAGGCCCAGCUUUCCUCUCCAGGUUGGACCAAAGUCAAGUUCGAAGUCAAACCUUCGAUCUCAUAGACCCAGAGACUGACUGUGAGUUGCGUCCUGAGGUAACAACUUGCACUACCACCCUAUCAAAAGGCCAGUUUAAUAGUGCCAGAUUUGAAAGGUUUUCAAGUUGGAAGGUGCUGCAAAAGGCUAUUGCCAAACUCCAACAUAUAGCUCAAUCAUUCAAGAACAACUCUGAGGUUUCCUGUCGUGGCUGGCACAACUGCAACAAACAUUUAACUGAAAAGUCACUGCAACUAGCCAAGACCACGAUCAUUCGCACCGUUCAAAGAGAGGUCUUCGCAGAAGAUAUUGGAUGCAUUGAAAAAGGCACAGCUCUAAAAAACUCAAGUCCACUCAGCAAACUGAAUCCAUUUGUUGACACGCAAGGGCUCCUUAAAGUUGGAGGCCGACUAAAGAAAGCACAGUUGUCUGCAGAAGAAACCAAUCCCAUACUCGUCCCUGGAAAGCAUCAUCUUGCUCAGCUCAUAAUAAGACACUUUCACGAAAAAUUAUGUCACCAGGGAAGGCAUUUCACGGAGGGAGCAGUCAGAGCAGGGGGCUUUUGGAUUGUGGGAGGAAAAAGAGCAGUAAGCAGUGUGAUUUUCAAGUGCAUCCCAUGCCGCAAAUUAAGGGGCAGGCAACCUGAACAGAUAAUGGCUGAACUUCCUGAGGACAGGCUGUCCACGGACCCUCCUUUCACAAAUGUAGGCCUUGAUGUGUUCGGUCCCUGGUCCGUUACAGUGAGAAAAACGCGUGGUGCUAAUGCAGAUGCUAAAAGAUGGGCAGUCAUAUUCACCUGCAUGAGUACACGUGCAAUUCAUAUUGAAGUGAUUGAGUCAAUGGACACAUCGUCAUUCAUUAAUGCACUGCGUCGUUUCUUUGCCAUCCGAGGUGGUGCCAAACUCUUGAGAUCUGAUUGUGGGACAAAUUUUGUGAGUGCCUGCAAAGAGCUCCAAAUAGACAAACUAGGCUGUCACAAUGACAAAAUAGGCACAUUCUUGAAAGACAGUGCGUGCAAAUGGCAGUUCAAUCCUCCACAUGCAUCCCAUAUGGCUGGUUCCUGGGAACGCAUGAUCGGCGUCACCCGAAAAAUCCUCAAUGCAAUGCUCCUUGAACAUCCAUAUGGGAAGCUCACACAUGAAGUACUCGUAACAUUGUUAGCUGAAGUCACCGCAAUUGUAAAUGCCCGUCCGCUAACAGCCGUUUCUACAGAUCCCGAAAACCCAGUCAUUCUUACUCCUGCGAUGCUACUCACGCAAAAGGUUGGCACACCACCGAUUCCACCAGGGCAGUUUCAGACCAGUGACCUAUUCAAAGCCCAAUGGAAGCGCGUGCAGUACUUAGCUAAUGUUUUCUGGAGUCGUUGGCAGAAAGAAUACAUCGCAGGCUUGCAGGUUCGUCGCAAGUGGAAAAUAAAAAAGCCGAACCUUCAAAUGGGCGACGUUGUUUUAAUGAGGGAGUCUCUGGAACAUAGGAAUAAUUGGCCACUCGGACUGAUCACAAAAUCUUUCCCAAGUGAGGACGGUAAUGUCAGAAAAGUUGAGGUUAAGAUUUGCCGAAACGGCGAGAAUAGGUUUUACAUUCGCCCAAUUCGUGAAGUUGUGCUUUUGCUGUCUAAGGGUAGCAUGUAAAACGAGUUGUUGUUGUGUAUCGUUCAUUAGUUAAGAGCUGACAUCUUGCAGAUGUCAGGCGGGGAGUGUUGUGUCCUCUGGUCUUAUGUUGACUACUUUUUGGGUUUAAUUUCUUUCUAAGAUUGUACAUUGUUCAUCCGUCCACAGGAUGUCGCUAUUCUAACUCAGAAUCUUAAGUUUUUCUUUGGUAUUGCUGUUUGCGCUCGGCUUCCCCUGGUGGCGACUUGCUGUAAGCAGCAGGCAGAAAGAACUUUUUAUUUCAGUUGGAAAAGAGGCCUUGAGGUGUUAAGACGUUACACACCUCCUCUGCACCAUACAUCGUUGGGAACCCUUGACAAAACAAAAUCUGUAAGUUUGUACGUUUUAACAGUGGGUUAGAUGUAAUUUUGGUGUGUCUAUUCUGUUAUUUUGUUGUUGUUUAUGUGGCGCGAACCCACACGUUUUUGUGCUAAGCUAAAGUAGCCACUUCAUUUCAUUUGCUCAUAAUGGAGCCAGUUUUCUGUUAUUUACAUAAACAUGUUAUUGUAUAGAACCUUUUAUUUUGUGUAUAACAUUUGUGUUUUAUGUAUGUUUCAGUUUUACCACACACACGCACACACGUUGACACAAAGAAAUAAAUGAGAGGAAGGAGUUCGGGCCUCCAAGUUUCUUUGUCGGUUUAGCUCGCUGCCAAAGUCGAGUAGCCAUACGCUCGGCUGAGGGCAGAAGAGUAUCCAUAUUUUUACCUAAGAAAAAAAGUGAAUACUUCAUCACCACUGCCCAAAUGUAAUAUUCAUACUUUUUUGUCUGCUUUCUGCUUUCAUUCACACGCUUUGAACCAUUGACACCGUUCAAUCUUCCAAACUUAAAAAAAAAAAAUCAUGUUUUCAUGUGAGCCAGGCUGUAUUUUGAAUGAAUGAAUGAAUGAGAAUGCUUUAUUUUGGACAUGAGAAAGGUACAAAGGUAUUUCAAUUUUAUCCCUAACAGUCACAAAAAAAAAAUCAAUUGCAAAAAUUUAUGGAUUUGAACAUUUCGAACUGCUACUUGUUGUACAGUUGUUGUCCCAUUCACAUAAUUCGCACUUUAAAAAAUUCACCAAGACACACAAAAGCUUUUGCAGAAUCGUACAGUUCUGUAAAAACUACUAAUACAUUUUCAAUGGUGCUAUUCAAUUCCCACAAAACGUGUCCGUUCACUCCAACUGAUUUCUACAAGUCAGACCUGCAAAAAAAUUCAUUUUGGACAGAAACCCUCCUCGGAUUACCCCCAAAUUAACUGAAAAUGGUCCCAAAUAUACAGGUAGUGACUCGGAAAUACCCCAAAAUCAAUAGAAAAUUGACCCGGAAAUGCCCUGCAAUUAAUAAGGGAGUGAGAGACAAUUAACUCAUUGCCUGCCAUUGACCACGAUAGACAUCCAAUUCAUUUAAACUGGGACGACUUGCUGUGAAUGGUCAUUUUUGAGUGCCACUGACAAUGCUAGAUGUCUAAUCCACUAGCGUCGUCAUUUGCAGACAAUGAGUUAACAAAGAUAAUCUCCUCCAAUACUAUCACAAGUGCUGCAAAAUCAAACUUACCCCAUGACAACAAAUUUCUGUUCACCUGUGGUCGUGCAAAAACAAAUAACUGAAUAUUGAUACAUUUGCAAUCAAAUAUCUUAUCUGGAAAUAACAUCUCAGUGUCGAUGCUUGGAUAAUUUUUCAUUAUUUUGACAACCCUACUCCCAGUCCAAAGUCUUGAAUGUUUUUCUUGUUUCAUUUUAUUCAAAGUGUAACCGAUAGAAGGAUGGCAUGCAAUUGAAAGUGGAUGAGGAAAAUACAUUAAAAUAAAGACAUACUGUAGAAAUAAAAUCCAUACGUGGAAAACAGUCUUUGGCGUGUAGGCCAAGAUCCUAGUGCCUGCCAAGGUCUACUACCUCGAGCAAAACUGAUAAACAUGAUGAGUGUCAUAUGCGAAAACCUCAGCCCACAUUUUUUUUUAUCCACAACCAAAAUCAACAGAAAGUGACUCAUUAGUGCCCCAAAACCAAAAUAACUUACACGAAAUCAACAUAAUUGCACCACAGUUGGACAAAAACUUUCCCAUACAUUUUCAAUGAUGAUUAAUAUGUUUGACACUUUCACAAAAAUUAACAGGAAGUGACCAAAAAUGUACACAAACUGAUCCGUAAAUGCCCCAAAACCAACAAGAAGUGAGCAUAACUGAAUACGAAGAGAUCACUGAAAAGGAAGUUACCCAGAAUUGCCAUAAAAUAAACACGAAAUUAUCGAAAGUGUAUAGAAAGUGAUGAAAAUGCACCAAAACGUACAGAAAGUGACCCAAAACCAGCAGGAGGUUCCCUAAAAUCAACAGGUAAUGACCUGGGAAUGAAUAUAAAAAAACAAAUGAAUAAAUAAAUACAUAAUAAAAAUAAAUAAGAAAAUAAUUAAAAAAAAAAAAAAAAUUAAAAAAGCAACAAAUUUUUUAAAAUUAAUUAAAAAUAUAUAAAUAAAUAAAAAAUAAAAAAACAAUUAGAAAAAAAAAAUAAACAAAUACAAAAAUUAAUAAAUAUAUAUAUAUAUAUUUUUUUUAAAUUGGAUGGGAAAAAAAAGGUAAUGACUGGGAAUGCCCACAAAUCAACAGAAAAUGGCCAAUAAACAGAAGGUGACCUGUAAAUGAACUAAAAACCAACAGGAAAAUCCCAAAAAUGUACAGGAUGCACCAAAAUGUACCGGAAAUGAUCCAAAAUCAAUAGGAAUUGACCCUAAAUUAAUUCACUACCUGCCAUUGACAACAAUAGACCUUUAAUUCAUUUAAAUUGGGAGGACUGGAUGUCAAUCUUUCUAUGCCAUUAACGCUACCAGAAGUCCAAUCCAUUUGGACUGGGAUGUGCGCAUGUAAAAAUUUGCUUUGCAAAGCAACCCCUACAAUGAAAUACAUUUAAUUAGUUAUUUCAAUGGAUGAAACAUACAAUAAAUUGUCCUGUUUUUCUGUGUUAAAUUUGGUUAUCAAAUAUCACAUAUAAAGAGUUUUUGUAAAAAUUGUUUACCCCUCAUUUUAGAAAUUUAAGCUACAUUGACUUCACAAGUAGUGUUGGGCAUCGUUUGAAUUUGAAUGGUUCCGGUUCCGAUUCCACAUUUAGAUUCCGGUUCUAAACGAUUCUUGAUUCCGAUUCUUUUAAUAGGCAAGGUAAAACAUAUUGCGUAGUUUAUAUCAAUUUAUCAACUUCUCGAUUAUUUUUUUUAAUUAUAUGAACUUUCAAUGAACUUUGCUCAGAGACAUCAAGAAACUUGACUGGAAAGCUUUUUCAUUCUCUGGGCCCCGCUUGCCCGUAGGGGGCUAUGUGACUCAGCUUCAUUUAUUAGAAGUCGGUGGGAGUGAAAGCCGGAUUUACAUUUAAAACAUACGCAUACUAACAAGAAGGAUUGUGUCAGGAGACAUUUGUUCGAGGAUUCAAGGUAAUUAUUAUAUUUUUCGUAGAAUAUGCAUGCAUUUUGAAACGUUGUGGGAAAAAAAAACCAAUGGGAGAAAUUAGCAGCUACAAUGUUGACAUUAUACCUCGCAAUAUUCACGUAAAAUAAAUGCUACCUGCACGUUUUUUUGCUCUUAACCAAGAAUCGAGACUGUUUUAAAGGAUUCAGGGAUUUAAGCAUUUUUUCAUAGGAAUUUCAAUGUAAAAAGCUCUUUGUUGUGGACUUGUAGUAAGGCGGCGCCACAGCGAACUUAAAGACGAGCCACACAUUCACAAUGUUUACGUAAAAUAAAUGCUACCUGCAUGGUUUCGUUUGCUUUUAACCAAGAAUUGAGACUGUUUUACGUUCAUAUCUAUAAAGAAUUCAGGGAUUUAAGCAUUUAUCCACAAUAAUUUCAACGUAAAAAGCGGCCAUGUUGGAUUUUGUAUCCCUAGAUUUUAUUUGAGACAUUUCUGCGUUCAUAUUAAAAAACAAUCAGCCCUUUACGUGUUUUAUUUUAUAUAGUCUUUCAAUCUAAUAACUUUCAGUGAAACACCAUGGUCAUACACCAACCCAUACGCCGACGGCAACAAGCAGAUCUUCUUCUACUUUGAUCCCGUUCACCUUUGGAAGAACAUCUACAGCAGCUUCCACAACAAUGGCUGCCUGGUGCUGCCUAGGUGUCCUGGGGCUGAAGAGCCUGAGAGGAUGAGGACUGCAGGUUGACCAGAGAAGGUGCAGGCACCCUCUUCGAUCGAGAAGCAGAGUGUCGGGCUCAUCAUGGCGGUUGUCAACCCCAACACGGUCGCACGGGCAAGGGGGAACACAGGGAAACACGGGCCGACAUCCUGGAGAUGUUCCAGAGGACAAGGGAGACCUGGAGACGGGCCGGGCGGUCCUCAAGCGGCCAUCUCUCCCCAUGGUACACAUGGCGUCCUUCGGAAUGUCACUGUGGGACUCCCUGAUGUGCAGGAAGUGCAAGAGCACCUGCUGGAGUUCCUGGAUGUCCCUCUGCAACUGUUUUGGUGCAAACUUCUCCAAGGAUGUGACUUCAGAAGUGAGGAAGAACAAGGCCUUAGAGUGGCCAGCCGGCAGGAAAAGGAGCAGAGUGGAGGAGGGCAGAAAGGAGACGCCGAGGAACAGGGACUUGUACAAGUCAAGGUGACCAGAAAACGCAAGGCAUAGAAAAAGGCUAUGUGAUGUUGAAAGUCGAGGCUCACAUCAUGAUGGCACCACAUCGAUUAUUUGCACUGCCUGAACUAUAGGACUACUUCAUACGCAUUUUAUAUUUAUGUUUAUUUAGAUUUCAUAUUUGCACGCCACGAGAUUUUAACUCAUCCUGCACUGUAAGGGGAUGCUCCACAAUUACAUUGUAUAACUGUAUAAUGAUAAUAAAGGGCUAUUUUAUUCUCUAAUAAGUUGUGAUUGCAUAUAGAAUUUGUUAAUAAUCUAUUUACAUAUUAUUUAUAAUUGAUUCCGCAUGUUUUCCUCAAGUAUUAAGUUUCUGAUGUUAAAUUGAGUGAUUUAUUAGCUGUUGAAAACUUGCAGUAAAAAAAAAAAAAAAAAAUGGAGUUGCUAUUUUGGUCAAAAACGUAUAUGAUAUGUUAAAAAUUGCUAUUGAUCCUGAAAUUUUAGGUGAUUAUCUCUGCAUUUGGAGAUUUUUGUGCAUCUAGUGUAAAAUCUGAGAAUUUUAUAGCCAUUUUAAGUUUUGUUAUACUUAUAUCAAAAAUAAUUAAUCCGUAUUUUAUAAGGGAACGACUUUGAAUUUUAUAGUGCCGCAGCUCACGGAGACUCAUAUAUGGCUAAGGUGGCUGCCUGUUUUGGUUUUAGGUCGGUAGCAGCGUUAGUUUUGAUAAAUUUGAAGCCUUGAAAAUAGGCCCAUUACGGAUCGGCCCCAUUUCCCGUGUCAUGUCGAGUAUUAUGAAGUCUAUGCUUUGCAAUGAAUUUCUCACAGGGCUAUUUUUAACUUGUAUAUAAUUUUCAGUCUUUGAACUUGAAUAUAAUGAAGUUUCUUUCCAUAUGAGUGCACUUUCACAAAGGUGCAUAUUUUUCAAAAGCUCACCAAGAAAACAGUUACACAUAUUCUUUUGCCUAUGUUUUAGAGUGUCUUAUGCUGCAGGCAUUUAUUGUAACUCCAGAUUCAAGUUUUUCUUUGCUUUGGCUAUGUGCGCUUGGCUUCCGCUUGGCUUCCCCUAGUGGUGACUUAGUGGAAGCAGCAGACAAAAAGGGCUUAUUACUGUAGUUGGAAAAGAAUCCUUGAGGUGUACAAAUGCUACACACCUCCUCUGCACUACACAUCAUUGGGAACCCUUGAUAAAACAAAAUCUGUAAGUUUGCACGUUCUAACAGAGGGUCUGAUAUCAUUUUGGUGUGUGUAUUCUGUUACUUAGUUGUCAUUUAUGUGAAGCAAAGCAACACGUUUUUGUGCUAAGCUAAAUUAACCACUUCAUUUGAUUUUCUCAUAACGGAGCUAGUCUUCAUGUGGCAUCUUCUUCAUGGUGUUCGGCAGCUAUUUUUUCCGGCUGGCGGUCUGGGCAUCGAAACUUGGAAUCAAAUUUUACAAAUUUGAACGGUUCCGGGAGAACCGGCGUAUUAGUCCCUGAUCCCAUCGAUGCUCGAUGCCCAACUGUAUUCUUAAGGAAUUCAUAGGAAAACGAUCAAUAUGUCAUUAGAAAGCUAGAAAAAUUGGUCACUGUGACUCAUUUUGCUGCACUGGCUCGCAUAUAUUAACACAUUCCAGCACUGUUAGGACCCUGCUGAGUGUUAUCUAGUGGUUGAUGUGGUUUUAUUGCAUUCUUCCUUCUUGAGAAAAAGUGGAAAAUUGAAGAGAAAGUGGAGCGAAAAUGUCUUUGGAAAAAGCUGAUUCACACGCGUCCACAUAAAUGUCACAGAAGAUUUAAGCGACGCGCCGUCCCAGGGCUGCAACCUUUUGGCCCGACAGUUUGCUUUUUCCCACCGUCCUCGGACUCACUCCUAUAACGUGCGUGCGUAAGUUUCAGCCUCCUGAAGGACUGCAUAAAGGAUCUUUAGAAGUCGUAGGUUAUGUCUCCUGUCCACAAGUCAUGAAAGUCAAAUGACUACAGAAUACAGUUUCUGGAGAAAUUGCGUCGGAAUGCUUUAGCCUUCCAUGGGUCACUUUCAGUAGAUUUUUUUUUUUACUUUGUAUCAAUUUGGGGCAUUUUUGGGGUCAUUUCUUUGUGACUCAUUGGCUCCCAUUGACUGUGCUAAAAGUAGGUUCCAUUUGGAAUGGUCACCGGUUGAUUUUGGGUCACUUACUAAUGGUUUUGAGGCAUUUAUGGGUCACUUCCUAUUAAUUUUUUAGUAAUUCUAAGACCACGGUAUGGGUGAAUUGAAAUGUUUUUUUCAGAGUAGAAUGAAUGGGGCCAUUGAAAAUGUUUGGGGACGUUUUGGUCAAUUUUUUUCAAACAGUCUAAAUUGAUUGCACUGCAAAAACACACCGCCUUAAAACUAGAUACAUUCUCUUGUUUUCAGUGUAAUUCUACUAGAAAUAAGUGAAAUCUCCCAGUGCUCCAAGUAAAUUUUAAUCACUUACAGUGGAUUUCCAUACGCUUAUACCACUGAAAUGUGCACCUAAUCGAUUCAGGUUCGAGUAAAAUUAUUAUAAUCAUUAAUGAAAGCUCGCUUUUCAAGUCCAAAACAAUUAUUACAGGGUGAUGGUCAUCAGGCCGGCCUGCUCUACCGAUGAGAUUAAUUUAUUUUUAAUUUUUUUUUUUCUUUUCUGGGAGUUGGAAACCCUACACACAGUUAGGAGGCUAGCCCUAUUAAUGUUACUUAGCUUCAAUUCCAACCUAAUCUAGAAAUGUACAUUUUCAUUAAAUUGGAAAUAUCUAAACAUUUAGCAAGAUACAUAAUAAAAUCAAUAAUAUCAAUCUUCAUUAAAGCUUUUGAAAUUGGAUGUAUUUUUCUUGUAGAUCUUGGUGGUCCAUAUAAACUCAAUUGAGUUUCACAGACGUAUACACUCCUCAUGGCAAUCCCGGAAGAAGGAAUGAUGUCAUGUGAAUUCUGUCUAUCUUGGUCAAUGGCAGGCAAUGAUAGAUAGAUAGAUAGAUAGAUAGAUAGACAGACAGACAGACAGACAGACAGACAGACAGACAGACAGACAGACAGACAGACAGACAGACAGACAGACAGACAGACAGACAGACAGACAGACAGGCAGGCAGACAGACAGACAGACAGACAGACAGACAGACAGACAGACAGACAGACAGACGGGCGGACGAUUUAAAAAAAUAAGUAAAUGGUAAUAUUUAUUUGUUCAUUUUUGUGAGAGGCAGGGAAUUUUUCUGUUCACUUCCUGCUGAAAGAGGGUCAUUUUUUCCCUAUUUUAAAUAAAUGAGUAUGUUUUUGUCAGAUUUUUAAAUGAAUUGGCAGCUGACACAUCAGUUUUAAGCGGGGAACACUUUGCUUUCCUCGUCACUUGGUCGGAAGUGCCCACUUUAUGACGUUAUUCUUGGCCCGCUCCAACUAAUACCACAACAUAUCCUGGUGCAAUGUAAAAAAGGAUUCAAAUUGGGGCUAUAAAAAGCUCUAAGGCUAAAGGAAUGUACACUUUUUUCAAAUGGAGACUUUUACGAUUUCCUUUAAAAAGUUUUUAUAUCAUUCCCUACCGAUCGCGACAAGCCGGGGUUCCCUGAUCGAUUCCCGCCUGGCUCAAUCUUCCUAAGGUGAAGCUUUAAAAAAAAAAAAGUUCAAAUGCAGCGGGAUCCCCUUACACGUGUCAACUCCUGAAGUUUUUUGUUUUUAUUCCCCCAACAGGUUUAAAGAGCGCACAUGUUUGUCUGGUUUUCCCAUCUUGCACCCCGUCGCCACGGCGACACACUAAUGUUAGCGUUUGGCAAAUCGCGACUGUGAUGCUGUGUUGAGGAUUAGCGUUUGACGACGUUUUCUUUUUUUAUUUCAUGUUUUGAAGGAGUGGGAGGAGCUUGUUGUGAAUGUUCUGAACACCUGUUUCAAUACCAGUUAAGUGAUUGACUGCCCUUGAUGGUGACUGGCAUCCAUUCCAUUUGAAUUGGGAGGGUGGCCCCUCCCACUUCAAAUGGAGCCGAUGUCUACUAGUGAUAAACUCAUUUCAAUUCACAACAGAAGGAUGAUUGGACUCCUUUUCAUGCAGCAGCAUUCUGGAUUGGAUGCAGCCUGGAUGAUUUUUUUUGUAAAGCUCUGUAAAUAAAAAUUGUAGUAGAUAACUGAUUGACUGCGGUUGAUGGAGAUAACCGUUCAAGCAAUUUGAUGUGGGAGGGUUGGCAAGUAAUGAGCGAAAAUCACAAAAAACGUUACAACCACGGAAAACCUAAAAAAUAAAAUCGUAAACCACAACACAUCGUACAAAACCAAAAUAUAUAAAAAUCAAAAAAGGGCAACAAAAAGUUGAAAAACCAGUAAUACUGCAAAAAAACUGUAAACUGAAACAUCUAAAAACAGCACAAAAAAGUUAGCAGAGAAUAAAUGAAAAUUGCAAAAAACGUGACAACCAAAAAAAAACAAUAAUUAAAAAAAACAUCAACCACAAGAAAUUGUGCAAGACGGAAACAUUUAAAACAAAGAGAGAAAGGGCAACGAAAAGUUAUAAAACAGAUAAUAAUGCAAAAAAAAUGUCUGAAAACUAAAGAAUCUAAAAACAGCCCAAAAAAUGUUACAAAAAAAAUAAUAAUAAUAAAAGUACAAAAAAUGCACACAAAAAAAUCACAAAACUUGAAAAACACAUGAAAAGUGAAAACGGCCAGAAACAAACAAAUGGUCCCUGGCAGCCCUCUCAGUCCAAAACGACUGGACAUCCAUAGCCGCUAUCACAUUCAAUGACUUAAUCUAUGAACUAACAUUAGAAGAAUGUGAAUGGUAUAAAUGUGUUUCCUUAGUUUGAGUGUUCUACAUAAGUGCUGGUAUGCCAAAGUUACCGUUUGGUCAAUGUAUAAGAGUUCAAGCAGAUCUGGUUAAUUUUUCACAUGUCAGUGGCAGCCAACAAGUUAACUGAAAGAAGCUUCGAUCCGAGUUAAGGCUGACGAGUGAUGACCCAUCUGCAAGUACCUGAUUUGUACUUGCACACUUUGACCAUGUGCACUUGAGCCAUGUGGAAUCCCAGUGAUGAUGAUGAUGAUGUAUUGGAGGGGUCUACAACUUCAGAGGUGGUAUCCUCCUGUAUCGUGCAGCUUCCCCCCAUAAAACACUUUCAUGUUUUUACAGGGGGGGUCGGGCUAUAUUCUACAGGUGGAGUCAAAUAUGUGUCUGACCCCCAAAUGCACCCCCUUAUUCUCAUCCUCAGACAGAGGAUAUUUUUUUUAGUGGGGGUGGCAUGCUUUGUUGACAUUUCCACCUGUCUUCAAUACAGUAAAUGGACCCGUUGGUUGAGACACCCCGAAACUAAAUCGGUAGUUCCUGAAGGAAUGUUUUGAAAAUGAAGCCCUCAGAGCCAGAUUGACAUGGCUGCAGACGUUUGCUGCAAAAUUUAAAACUUACAGUAUAUUAAAAAGAAGGGUGACCUUAUGUAACCGGUGGUGUUCAUGUGCUUUGUCUAUUAAUAUUGAAGGGAGCCAGGACUUGAUAUGGGCUUUUUAUUUAUUUAUUUAUUUUAAUUAGGAGAAAGCAGCUAGCAGGAAGGGAGUAUGAGGGGACAGAAAGGAAAAUAGAAGAGGAGAGAAAGAGAGACAGAAGAGGAGAAGAACAAAUAACAACAAGAAAUACAUUAAAGGCCUAGACUACCUAUGAAAAUAGUGGUGCUAUCGUUAGCUAAUUGUAAUUCACGUGGACACCAUGUGGGGGGUCUGAGACCGAGAAGAAAGAGGACGGGGGUGAGUCAGAAAGAGAUGUGGUCAGGCGGGGUGGAGCGUACUCAAAUCAGCAAUGUGAGGUGUGGAACCCAGUAUUAUGUGAAUGAAAUGUAAGUGUGGAUAUAUUCACAUCCUGUUACUAUGCUACCUGAUCACGAAUCCUGGCACCGACACUUUCUCUACUUGAGUGUGUCUAAUUGCCACAGCACUUCCCUAGCCCAUCCCCCUUUCCGCCGCUCCAGGAAAAAGGCCGCCGCCAUCCACCCGGACCAUCCACGCCCCCUUAACUGGCCUUCAGUGAAGGGAUUAGGGGACGCACCAACACCCCUCCACAUACCGACCCACCAUCCACAGCCGCAACCCCCCAGCCGACACGGCACACCGCAGGACCCCCAAGGCCCGCUAGGCGCGAUGAGCUUUUAUUUGCACUGAUGAAUAAAAGUUAUUAAAAAAAAAAAAAUCCUAUCAAAUUUGGCAUUAGUAAUGUGGCCCUUUCCACUGACAUUCACAGAAAAAAGGGCACAUACUGUAUAUGACAAAAGCUCACAAAAAUAAAAAUCCUCACGUCUAAGUUGGCAUUAGUAACAUGCCCCUCUUCAAAUUAAAUAACAAAGAAAGGUAAUGCAAUAUUUUAUGGCGCUUAUCAGGGGCGGAACUUAAGGGAGCCUAGGGGAGCGACCGUACCCGGGUUUGCAGGCGUGAAGUGUCCGUGGUUGGAGGAGGGAAGGGUCAAACAGAAAGUUAAAAUGAUACGCGGAGCUGUUAUAUAGUGUUUUAAGUGUUAAAUAUCUUUGCCAGUCACUCGGCCAGUUGUCUGGAAAUUUCCACUUGACCAAACACAGACACACAGACACGCUAGACGACCGUCUUGAGGGGCCCACGAAAGUGUGGAGGGUUCAGCAAAUAAUUGUCCACCAGCACCCCACCCAAUAAGCACCAAUUAAACUGGAAACAUACCGAAAUCAUAUUGCUACUCUUAGUGCUGAGGAAGACACAGUCCAUCGUCCAUCACGGAAAUUUGCGGUUUAUUUUGUUGCCGAUGCCGACCAAAAAUGACGUAAUGUCAGGGUUUUGUCCUCCCCGCACAGACAGCGCCAAGAUUCCAACACGGGAUAAAUAGCCCCUUUCAGACAUACACCCGGGUUAUUCCCGGCACAUCUCCCCAUGCCUGAAAGCCAUGACACAGGUACAUCCCGCGUCACCUUACACAGGAAUUUAGCGAGAUAUAAGUCUGAUAGGGGCCAAAGGUAACCCAACUUCAAGGAAAAUGUGUCGUGUUGAUAAUUGACAAAGGUCAAACAAACAAUAUGCAAAUACAAAUUUCCAGUUUUGAAACAGGAGGAUAAACUGCAAUAAAAUGUGAGAAAAUAAGAAAUUAAACAAUUGUGCGUAAUUAUAGCAACAUAAACAUAUAAUAUUUGCUUGGAUGAGCUACACCUGUUAUGCUUAGAAUGCGGAACAUUUUUGGUUUUUGUUAUUGCGUGUGAGCAGAUCACGGGGGCGAAUUUUGAUGAGUCCUCAGAAACCAUACAUACAAACACUGAACUCUAACAGUUCCACAAGGUCAGAUCUUGAUCAAAUGUUUCACUUGGCCACAUGAAAUGUGAUGCCACUGUAUCAUGAACAGAUCCCUAAAAAAGAAACUUUAGCAGACACUUUUAUUUGAUAUUCCUCUAACAUAAUUAUACAAAUUGUACUGAUUGUCUUUCGGGUUCAGUUUAUAACUUUUAUUUGUGUUUUUACCAUGAAAAUUGAGAUAGGUUCGUGUGUGAGACACCUGAAACAGGCCAUGGGCCAACUUCGUUAAAACACAGUGUGUUGAUGUCACAACACUCACAUUAGCAGAGGUGCUGUUGACAAAACAGGCGUAAAGUUGCACAGUGGCAACAGCUUGUUUUUCAAGCAGCACCAAGGUUAACACCCGCAGAGCUCACCUGUGAAAGAUGACACGAUUGGAACAUCGAAAACUGAGA